UGAACAUCGUUCUUGCUCUUAGCGUUUACAUACACUCACUUCUUCUUUGUAAUUUGAGUCUGCUGGCAGACCUUUUUUUGGUAGCCAAACAUUCAUUUUAUUUGUCUUCUCAGUCAAAUUCUACAGGAUGGGUUUAGGUGUGCUAGAAGACCGGCACAUGGCCGCUCCUCCGGGAACGUCCACCAUCGGGGCUUCAGCAGUAGCUGAAGAUCCGUCCGUUGAUAGUUCAGAACUGAAGCGUGAUGGCGACAUCAUUCUCCAGCCACAGCCGUCCGACAGUCCCAACGAUCCGUUGAACUGGCCUAAAAUGCGCAAAGAAGUCAUCAUGGUCGUUCUAGCCUUCAGCUCUGGAGUGACGACUUCCCUUGGCCCCAUGGUCACCCCGGGUCUACAUUUGAUUGCUCUCAAGUACCAUGUCAGCAUCGAUAUGGUAGCAAGUCUGGUCAUUGGAUUUCUUGCCUUCUGGAUCGGUUUCACAACCUUCUUCACUGCAGCCGGCGCCAACAUCUACGGUAAACGGCCAUUUUUCAUCGUUUCUACCGUUUUAUUGCUUGCCACGAAUAUUUGGGGAUACUUCACGACCUCAUUCGCAUCGCUUGCAGUAAUGCGAGUGAUCCAAGGAAUUGCUUCUGCGCCGCUUGAAACGCUCGUCACCUCAACGGUAUCAGACAUGUACUAUGUCCAUCAGCGAGGCGCACGUAUCAGUAUCUGGGGCUGCAUGCUAGCCAGCGGAGUGCUUCUCGGCCAGACGAUCGCAGGUGUCAUCAUCGAGAAGAUCUCAUUCGAAGCGACCUUUGGUAUCUCUGCUUUGAUCUUCAUUCCGAUUCUCGCCGCCAUGUACUUUCUUGUCGUCGAAACAACAUACUAUGGCGUCCGACCCGGUUCGCAGAAAGAACUAGAGCCAGAAGAAAAGGGGUCCAUUUGGUCCGAUUUUACCGAAGACAAGGAGACAUACCGCCAGCAACUCGCGCUUUUCCGCGGCCGUCUCUCUACUGAGUCCUUCUGGAGGAAUGUGUGGAAGCCAGUACCGCUGAUCGCAUACCCUGCUGUACUAUUCAGUACUGUUGUAUACGGCACGUACUUCACCUGGCUCCUCACCAUCUCCGUUCUCUCUGUCUCCAUCUUCUCCGCACCACCUUACUCUCUCGGCCCAGCCCAAAUCGGACUCACCAACCUUCCUCUCCUCGUUGUCGGGCUGAUCGGCUCACCGCUGUCUGGCUGGGCAGCCGAUGCCAUCGCCAAGUUCAUGGCACGCAGGAACAACGGUAUCUUCGAGCCCGAGUUCCGUCUCACGCUCAUGCUCCCUGCAGUCAUCUUCGCAACCAUCGGAUUCCUUGGCUUCGGCAUCAGUGCCCAGCGGGGCGAUUCGAUAUACCAGCUCGUGGCGUUUAUGUCGGUCCACUCUUUUAGUGUUCCGUUCGCGAGUACAGCAAGCUUGACAUACGUGAUUGACUGCCAUCCCAAAGAUGCUAAUCAGGCGUUCGUCACAAUCAACUUCACGAAAGCGGUACUCACCUUCGUUGCAACGACCUAUGCCAACGGAGUGAUGGCGAGCAUUGGCCCUAUGAAGGUGUUCGUAGCAAUCACAUUGAUAAAUGCGAGCGUUUGUGCGAUGACGAUUCCGGCGUAUGUUUUUGGCAAGCGUUUCAGGGGAGUGUUGGCAAGGAGUUCGUUCGGCCAGAAGAUUUCUACCUGA